GGAGUUUCCUCAGAUGUCCCAUGGGCUGUGAAUCCUGUAGCAACUUAGCUGCUACUUGCUUUUGUGUGACAUUUGACUACCUGGACCCUGUUUGCUACAGAAAACAGCCCCAGAAUGGAACUCCUGGCUGUACUAGCCAGUAAGGAAUAGGAACUGGCUCUUUCAUAGGAGAUGGCUGCCUUCUUCUCUGACCUGGUACAGUUCUGGGGACUAUUUCAAAUGAUCCUAGUGCUGGGAAUUGGUGGUAGUUUCCCAUAUGGAUUCCACAUCUCUGUCAUCAACUAUCCUUCUGUGCACAUCAGGAAGUUUAUUAAUGAAACGUGGAUAGAGCGACACGGCUCUCCCCUCCCUCCUGAGACAAUCAUGCUGUUGUGGUCCUUCAUUGUGUCUGUUUAUGGGAUAGGAGGAUUCCUGGGCAGUCUCUGCUGUGGCUACCUGACUACAAAAUACAGGAAAAAAAAGUGCCAAAUGGGCACCAACCUGAUCAUGCUGGCAGCUGCAGUUUUCAUGGCCUUCAGUAAAACAGCCAGAUCUUUUGAGAUGAUUCUGGUUGGACGCUUUCUGUAUGGCAUUGGUUCAGGUUUUUCUCUCAAUAUACAUCCUCAGUAUGUAGGAGAGAUUUCACCCAAGAAGCUGCGUGGAUUUACCAACGCCACAGUUGCCAUUUUUCUGACACUGGGAAAACUCACAGGACAGGUUAUUGGACUACGGGAGAUUUUAGGAAGCGAAGAUUUGUGGCCAUGGUUGUUAGCAUCUAGUGGACUUUCAGCAUUGGUUCAACUGGUUAUCCUCCCAUUUUUCCCUGAUUCACCAUCUUACCUCCUGAUACAGAAGGGGAAUGAGGAAGCCUGCAGGAAAGCCAUCAGGAAACUCUGGGGGGAAGGCGACCAUCAAGCAGAAAUUGAUGAUAUUAUGAAGGAGAAGGCUGCAAUGACAAGUACAAAAACCUUGCGUGUCCUCGAACUAAUUAAAGAGCGAUCUCUGCGCUGGCAACUUUAUAUUUUGAUGACCGUCAUGACUACCUUGCAGCUUUGUGGAAUCAACGCAAUAUACUUCUAUUCCUUUGAAGUAUUCCACACAGCCAAGUUUGAAGAAUACCUUAUCCCAUACGUCUCCCUGGGAGUUGGGUUAUGUGAAUGCUUAUCCUCUAUACUGUGUAGCACCCUUAUUGACCGGUUUGGGAGGAAGGUGCUGCUAUGGGGAGGAUACACACUGAUGAGCUCUGUGCUAGCGCUCCUUACCAUGACCCUCUCACUGCAGCAUCAGUUUUUCUGGAUGCAUUACUUCAGUGUUGUCUUGAUCUUCCUAUUUGUUAUCUUCUAUGGAAGUGGACCAUCUGGAGCCACUAUAUCAAUCAUGGUUGAAAUCUUCAGCCAGUCAUUCAGACCAUCAGCCUUUCUGAUUGUUGGCUGCAUCAACUGGAUGGGACUGUUUGUGCUUGGGAUGAUUUUUCCAUUGAUUGUUGAUAAACUCGGACCCUUUUGCUUCCUUAUCUUUUUGGGAAUCCUUACUUUAUCAGCAAUUUUUAUCUACUUGUAUCUCCCGGAGACCAAGGGAAAGUCAAUUAUGGAAAUAAAAGCAGAGUUCAACAAGCUGAACUUUGGCAAAAAAGAAAUCUCAGUCACUGAAAAUAACUUUCCUAAGGAACAGUCAUUCUGUACCAAACUCUGAAUGUUCAGAGGAGAAAUUUGCAUGUGUUAGAAAAGACAGGAAACAAUGUUGGGAUAGAACUAAAAAGGAAACAUUAAAACCAGACUGGAAGCUUU